AUGAAUACUUCUGGACCAUGUAGUUUAACAGCCGUUUUGGGACAGACGCGGAUGAACAUUAACCACUUCACGAAAUAUCCUCAAACAAAGAUGUCUUAUCUGGACUCGUCGGAGGCUCCUGAUGAGGAGGAGACUUUUUAUAUGCAGUGCAGAGCCGCUUACCGAAGUGUGUUCAGAUCCAGUCUCUCAAAUAUCCCAUCCAAACAGGAGUUAUGUAGAGUUCUCCAGUUAGCUGGAAGAAAUCCAUCUCAGACGACUCUUGAUAAAUAUUGGAACACAGGAACAACGCACAUGAACUUUGAUGAUUUCUGCGAGAUACUGAAAAGUGAGUGGAAAACAGAGAACAAUGACCUGAUGGGAGUUUUCAAAAAGCUGGAUCCAAAUGGCGAUGGGUACAUUGCACAGAGCAGAGUGGAAAAACUUCUGACAAAUGGAGGAGAUAAAAUGACACCUGAAGAAGUGAAGGCCAUUUUCUCACUUAGCGUUAUCAACAAGGAUGGCAUCUUUAACUACGUUGAGUUCUGUAGACAACUUGUGUCCACUGUGGAGAAAUGUCAGAUGAUGUCUUUGGUGAAGCUCCAGUCUGACGCCAAGUUAAAGAGACAAAACUUUGGCAGCCAUGAAGACAGCCCUCCAAAAACUUCCAUAACAUCACCGUCAGCAACUCCACCUCAGAAUCCAGAAACAACCGGGUCAGAUCCAGACGUCACACUUCGGAAUGACAGCCGACCAGCCACUCGUCCUUCUUCUGCUCGUAGUAGACGAUCAUCUCUGUCAAACUCAGUCACUGCAACAUCCACCACCAACAAGCAGUGGCAUCACAUGUGCAUGAGAGGAUCUUUCUUCCUGGAAGAGGACGGAACUAUCAGGUCACUGCAGUACCAGCUGCACCUGCCCCAGACUUCCAUUGUUACCCUAAGCAUCCAGCCUUUGAGUCUCGACCAAAGAACUGACAAGCCUUGCCCCUGGAUGAAUGUGGACACAGCUCUUUUUGUGAUGUUAGCUGGUGAUACAGAAGAGGAUUCAACACUAAUGUGUUUCACUGGUGCAAAGGAUAAAGAAAAGUACAUUUGGAGAGGCGAACUGAAAGCUGGGAUAUAUUACCUACUGCCUUUCUCCAGUGGCUGCAGAUUAAAAAAAAGGAGCAGAAAGAAUGCAUCCACUAAAUCUGUAGAGCUUGUCUACAAGACAGAUACUGGCGAACUCGACCUCACCAGAGAGUUCCGGGACGCACUAUCAGAGAUUUUCGACAUGAUAGACCUCAACGGGAAUGGUUUGCUCAGUCUUGAGGAAUACAAUUUCUUGGAGCUGAUGAUCAGCGGAGAGGAGUGCAAGAUGGGGACGUGGGCCAUCUGUAAAGAGAAUUUUGACAUGAGAAAAAAUCAAUUGACAAAACAGGGCUUCAUGGAGUUGAAUCUGAUGGAGGCAACGGAGAAAGAUGGGGACUCUGAUGACCUGUGGACCCUCGUGGAAACCAUGGGUUACAACCGUAUGCUGGAGCUAGUUGAGGCUUGCCCAUUCCAGAUAGAUAUACACUGUGAGAGCACACAGCCAUCACUUCAUCCACUCAGACUGGACUCCGGGCCCAAGAUUCUGAACCAGGCUCUGCAGAAGUCCAUCACUUUAGAGGGAACAGCCAAGCAACUGAAAGGACAGGAAAAUGUGCUCAUCUACACUUACAGAGGACAACACAGGGUCUCGUCCCUCAUAGUCAACAAGACUAACCAAAAAGUGACGGUUCAUAUCAACAACAAGCACAACAGCAACUGCUGCAGCAGUCGAGGCCUGAAUGUCUUUGCUAUAGAGGUGCCAGCCAGAACUAAAAUGGUGUGUCAACAUGUCCUGCCCACCAAUGAAAAACAGGACUGGGGCUACAACUGUGUGGAAACUUUACUCACCUCUAAAUAAAGCUUGCACACAAUAUGCUGCUUGUCUAGGAUUGAAAAACAUAAAAAAAUUGUUGAAACAAUUCAA